AUGUGCUCCUGGACACAGCUAUGGUGUUUUUCCUUCCUUUACACAGUCCAGCUUUUUGUACAUAGGCCACACUUGGGCAAGGGCUGGCCUUUUCAUUGGCUGCUUUAUGGCCCUCUUGUGGACUACGUGCUUGCCUACCAUGAUGCCACUGUCAUUCGCGAAGGUCCAGCACCUGAUCCCAAGGGGAGGUAUCUCUUUGCCAUGUACCCGCAUGGUGUUUACGGAGUUUGUCGUGCUUUCUCUGGUGGAGUAGGCUGUUGGCAGGCGCUCUUUCCAGGCAUCGCUGCACGAUGGGGAAGCUUUGGAGCAGCAUUCUUCCUUCCAGGUAUUCGGGAGAUGUCAUUGUUCAGCGGUUGCAUCGAUGCAUCCAAGCCCGUUCUUGAACGCGCGAUCAACCGAGGAGAGAACGUCAUGUUGCUGCCUGGGGGCAUUGAUGAGAUGAACCUCACGGACGGUGAGUCGAAGGAGACCAAGCUUGUCAUGACAGACCGCAAGGGCUUCGUCAAGCUUUCCAUAGAAAAUGGCAUGGACAUCAUCCCGGGCUUCUGCUUCGGUGAGAAGUGGAUCCACCACACCAUCAGGCUGCCGCACUUCAUCCAGAGAAUUCUUCGUCCUCUGAGGAUGAGUGACACGCUGCUGCGAGGGCGAGGGAUUACUCUGAUGGGAUUUCUGGAUCCUCCGCUUGCUUAUGUAUGGGGCGAGCCCAUCAAGGUUAGACAACAGAAGCCAGUUGACGACAAGUACUUGGACGAGGUGCACCAGAAAGUUGCCGAGUCCGUCGUCAGCAUCUUUAAGAGAUACAAGGCACGUUUUGGUUAUGCGGAGGAUGAGACUAUCUCUCUUGUCAGCGCGGCGGAUGCCAAAAGAAAGGCGCGAUGA